CCUCCUAAACCAUCAUGAGGAUCGAAGAAUUGGUCCUCGAAGGCUUUAAAUCAUACCCCGAACGAACACAAAUAACUGGAUGGGACCCUUCUUUCAACGCUAUCACUGGCCUCAAUGGUUCGGGCAAAUCCAACAUCUUGGACGCGAUCGCGUUCGUUCUCGGUCUCACAAAUAUGUCGACGAUGCGCGCGCAACACCAAGCGGACCUCGUGUACAAGAAGGGGCAAGCUGGGAUAACGAAAGCCAGCGUCACGAUCGUGUUCGACAACUCUGAGAGAGACAAAAGUCCUGUGGGUUAUGAGGACUGGAAGCAGAUAACGGUGACGCGGCAGUUCGCGCUGCCUAAUAACUCAAAGUACCUCGUAAACGGGCACAAAUCCCAACAGCAAGCGGUCCAAAGUCUCUUCCAAUCCGUUCAACUCAACAUCAACAACCCGAAUUUCGUCAUCAUGCAAGGGAAGAUCACCAAGGUCUUGAAUAUGCGUGCUCCGGAAAUUCUUGGUAUGGUCGAAGAAGCUGCAGGGACGCGAAUGUUCGAGGAAAGAAAGGACAAAGCGAGGAAGACGAUGGCGAAGAAGGACAAACGCGUACAAGAGAUCACGUCUGUGUUGACCGAAGAGAUCAUGCCCAAGCUAGACAAACUCCGGGAAGAGAAGCGGUCGUAUUUGGAGUUCCAAAAGGCGGAAACAGAGAAGGAGAAACUUGAGAGUAUUUUGGCUGCGUGGAAAUGGCAAGAAGCAGAUAAUAAGAUCAAGAAUGGCGCAAACGAGAUUGAAGAAAGUAAACAGGAUAUCGAAGUCAACAAACGGGAGAAGAAGACUGACCUUGAGUCGAUCAAAGUUGCCGAGAAGGAUGUGGAGAGGGUGACGAAAGAGCGGCAAAAUGAGGUGAAGAAGGGAGGAAAGCUGAAUAAACUUCAAGAGAAGGUCGCAGAAUUAGACAAGGUGCUGGUGAAGUUGAGGACUCAGGUGGACAUCAAAGCGAAAGACAUCAAGGAGGAAGAGGAUCAGGUCACCUGUGAAGCAGAUAUCCAUACGUUGGAGAGCUCCCAUGCCGAGAAAGAAAAGGAAGUCAAACAGAUCAAUAAAACCUAUGAUGCGGUCAAAGCCACGAACACGACGAAGCAAGAGAAAUUAAACUCAGACGAGGAACUGCUUCAAACUUUGUUAACGGGCUUGUCCUCUAAGGAUACCAACUCUGGUGGGGGUUAUAUGGGACAGCUCCAGGCUGCUCGCACCAAACAAUCGCAGGCAGCUGCGGAGGAGGAGCAACUAAAGGUCAAGGUCACUAUGGCAGAUAGGGAACUUAAAGAGACAGAAGCUCAUUGGAAGAAGGUCGAGAAAAAUGCGGGUGAAGGAAAGAGGCGCCUCGACACAAUGCAAGGUGUUGUAAACGAAUGCAAAAGAAAGCUUGCUGCGUGCGGGUGGAAUGAAGAGAUGGAACGGGAAGGUGACUCGAAAAUAGAAAGUCUCAGACGGCAUGUCGAGGCUGUGGCAGAUAGCAGGGGAAAAGCUAGUUCUAAGCUCAAUAAGAUGAACUUCGAGUACCAAACUCCUGGUCCACAUUUCGAUCGUCGGAAGGUCAAGGGUCCUCUUGGUAAACUCGUCUCUAUUCAUCCUGACAACUAUGAAUAUGCCACUGCCCUCGAAGUCACCGCGGGUGGUAAGCUCUAUCAGGUUGUGAUUUCUGACGAGAAGAUUGGAAAAGAUCUCCUGGACAAUGGCGGCUUGACAAACAGGGUUACUUUCAUUCCUCUGACCAAAAUCAGACCGUACAAAAUCCCGCAGCCGAAACUUGAAGCUGUUGCCCGGAUCGCACCUAACAAAGCACGACUCGCUCUUGAUCUCGUUCGAUAUGACAAUGAGGUUGCCGGCGCUAUGGCGUACACAUUUGGCAGUACUAUCGUGUGUGAUGAUCCCGAAACAGCGAAGAGAAUCACAUUCGACAAAACCUUGGCCCUUCGUUGUGUCACAAAAGAUGGUGAUGUCUACGAGCCGUCGGGUACACUUAGUGGCGGUUCAAAACUGAACACGGAGGAUAUACUCGUCAAGGUUCAGGAGCUCUUGAAAAUUGAGGCUGAACACUCCAAUGCGAAGAAGAAGUUGAACGAAGCAGAAGCAGCGUGGAAUAACGAUAAAACGAAGAAGAAGCGCGAGGAAUGGAGUAGACUUACUCGUGAGCUGCAGAUCAAGGAGCACGAGCUACAGCUUCUUGAGGGACAGCUGGGAGAGAGCAAUGCAACCAGGCUCAAAAAACAAGUUGAAACUUUGCAAGAAGAGAUAAAAGCCCGGAACGAAGAUCUUGUAACAGCUCAGAAGAAACAACAAGACGCUUCCGAUGAAUGUGACAAACUCGAACGUGAUAUGGCAGAGUUCAAGAAUAACAAGGACGGUAAAAUCGACGAGCUGAGGAAAAGCAUCUCUGCACAGAAGUCUGCCUUGCAGAAGCACAAUGUUACAUUGAAGACCGAACAGAAGAAAGCUCAGACCGCAAACUUAGAACUACAACAAAGCCGAGCAGAGAUUGAAGCCGCUCAACAACGUAUGCGGGAGGAGAGAGCUGGGAUCGAGAAGAUGAGGAAGGAACUAGCGGAGCUUACCAAGGACGUGGCUGAUCAAGAAUUGAAGUACCAAUCGGCGCGUCGGAAUCUCGAACUGGAGGAACAAUCCCUACGCCAAUUUGACGAGGAGAUUCAAACUCUCCAGGAGACGAUCAAAGAGAAAAAGGCUACUGUUCUACAGGUCGAGGAGAAGAUCGCUGCACUUCAUCAAGGCAUCGAGGCGUGUAAGAAGGCUAUAGAGCACGCAAAGCACGAAAAAGAGAAGUUGGAGAAGGUGCAUGAAUUUAUCGUGGCGGAACAUGAUUCGUUCGGGAAGCCGGGAACAAAGUAUUACUUUGCGUCUAUGAAUAUGCAGGACCUUCAUCAGCAAGCGACUGAACUAGAGGAGACUAUUCGCACGAGGAAGAAAAAGGUCAACGCGAAGUCCGCAAACAUGCUAGAUGACGUCGAGAAGCGUGAAACAGCACUGAAGAAGAUGCUGAGCACUGUUGUCAAGGACAAGGAAAAAAUCGAAGCGACCAUAGACGAAUUAGAUCGGGAGAAAAGGGAUACCCUCCAGAGCACGUUCGAAAAAGUUGACAGGGACUUUGGUCAAAUCUUCGCAGACCUUUUACCGGGUAACUUCGCUAAAUUACAACCGCCAGACGGGAUGGACCUUAUGGACGGCCUGGAAGUCAAAGUGAGGCUGGGAAGUGUUUGGAAACAGAGCUUGACGGAGUUGAGUGGGGGUCAAAGGUCUCUCAUCGCACUUUCCUUGAUAAUGGCACUCCUCCAGUUCAAACCAGCGCCUAUGUACAUUCUCGACGAGAUCGAUGCCGCACUGGAUCUCCAACACACCCAAAACAUCGGGCAUCUCUUCCGGACGCGUUUCAAGGGCUCACAAUUCAUUGUUGUAUCACUGAAGGAAGGGCUCUUCACCAACGCAAACGUUUUGUUCAGAACGAGAUUCCGAGACGGAACCUCGAUCGUCGAACGAACCGCCAAUCGAUCCUCGUCGACCUUAUACGAGGAGGGUGCGAAUGCCCGUGGUGGCAGAAGACGGUAGUCUGAGGAGAAUGUAUAUCUUGCUGCGUAAUUUAUUCACUUUGGGUGUACUCAGCUUACCUCCAUAUUUUUGACUAGUGUAGUACAUAUGUGGUGUAUUGUUAGAAUUUAUACUAUGACUCUCACGACCAAUGUAUUUGAGAAGUAU